AAUUUGAUGAGGGGAAUUAAUUACGUUCAAACUUCCCAAAGGAAUAUUGAAGUAUCAUAUCCCACUUUUGACCACAAAACCAAGUGUAGCGUAUAUAUUUAACGAAGCUCUGACCGAAAACCUCCAUUCUAUACUCCUACCAAAGAAAAAAGGAAAGCACUUUAGAGGUGAGUAAGAAACUGGAAACAGGAGCAGGGAAAAUGAUCGAAGAAAUGAGCAGGCAAGUACCCAACGCGAACCAAGAGCAAGACGAUGAUGGCCGGCCGAGAAGGACAGGCACAGUAUGGACAGCGAGCGCGCAUAUCAUAACAGCAGUGAUCGGCUCCGGAGUGCUAUCACUUGCAUGGUCCAUGGCCCAACUAGGUUGGAUCAUCGGGCCCAUUACCCUAAUCCUCUUCUCCCUAAUAACCCUCUACACAUCUAGACUCCUCGCCGAUUGCUACCGCAACUCCGACCCCAUCAAUGGCAAACGGAACCCAACAUAUAUGAGCGCCGUCAAAUCAAAUAUUGGUAAAACACAAAUAUGGAUGUGCGGGUUAUGUCAGUAUGUCAAUCUCUGUGGAACUGCCGUUGGCUACACAAUCACUGCCUCCAUUAGCGCUGCGGCUAUUAGCAAGUCUUAUUGCUUCCACAAGCAUGGUCAUGAAGCAGAUUGCAGCAUGUCAUAUAGCAUGUACAUGAUUGCCUUCGGUGUAGUUCAAGUUUUCUUCUCUCAGCUUCCAGACUUCCACAACCUUUGGUGGUUGUCCAUUCUGGCAGCUGUCAUGUCCUUCACAUAUUCGCUUAUCGGUGUUGGCCUUGCGCUUGCCCAAUCAAUCUCUCGAAAAAGUGGAAUCAUCACUACUGUAACUGGAACGGUGGUUGGCGUCGACGUGACAUCGUCGCAGAAGAUUUGGAAUGCCUUCCAAGCUCUUGGAGAUAUCGCAUUCGCUUACUCCUACUCUAUGGUGUUGAUAGAAAUUCAGGAUACACUAAAAUCGACGCCACCUGAGAACAAAGUAAUGAAGAAAGCAAGCCUCAUAGGUGUAUCGACAACCACCUUGUUCUACAUGCUAUGUGGUUGCCUUGGAUAUGCAGCCUUUGGCAACAAGGCUCCAGGAAACAUGCUUACUGGGUUUGGAUUCUUUGAGCCUUUUUGGUUGAUUGAUAUUGCAAAUAUAUGUGUAGUGGUUCAUCUGCUAGGUGCAUAUCAGGUAUUCAGCCAACCUGUGUUUGCCAUUGUAGAAGACCUUGUCAACCAAAAGUGGCCAAACUGGAAGAUAUUGACCAAGGAGGUGACUGUUAUAAGCUGGAGAAGUUUUCCAAUAAAAAUCAACUUGUUCAGAUUAAUCUGGAGAACUGCAUUUGUUGUGAUAAGCACGGUUCUUGCAAUCCUCAUGCCCUUCUUCAACGAUAUAAUGGGAUUUCUGGGAGCUGUUGGCUUUUGGCCCUUGACUGUUUAUUUUCCCAUUGAAAUGUACUUGCGACAGGCGAAGAUUGCAAUGCUAAGCCCCAAGGGAGUAAUGUUACAGAUUUUGAGUUUUCUCUGCUUGCUUGUAUCUAUAGCAGCUGCGAUUGGUUCUGUUGAAGGGGUCAUCAUAUCACUUGGUAAAUAUAAACCAUUUCACGCCAAGUCAUGAGCAGCAGUCGCCAAGAAUUUAAGUUGUCUUUGCAAGGGAUUAAUUCUGAAUUCCAACAUUUAGUGAAAUGUUUCAUGCAAGCUAUUUUGAUCCUAGUUCUAUGUAGCCAUUGACGAUUUUUAAAGAUGGCUGUAGAUUAUGAAGAUGUCAGAUGGAAUCAUACCAGUUUAACUGAUUCUGUAGCGUACAGCAAAAUAUUGUUCAGUGAACUUAGAAAUAAAAGAGAUACUACCAACAGUUGUUUUGA